AUGGUUUUUAGGGUCAUCGGCUGUAGUUUUGUCCCGGCCCUCCCCUCGAUGGAAUUCUUGCCAAUAUGCAUCGAGGUUCUCGGCCCGAUGGACCCCAACACCCUUAAAUUUCUUAAGGAAAUAGGCAAAAGGAUCAGUGUCAGAUCAGCUUCUAUUCCUUUUUUGAAGGAACCAUCUGGCAUUUUAGUGCAACAUGGCAAGCGACCAGACGGUUGUACUCAUACUCCCUGGAGAGCCGGUAAAUGUUUAGCUUGGGAUGUUACGGUUCCUGGUACCUUGGCCGAGCGCUACGUUCACCUUAGCAGCAAAGAGUGUGGUUUGGCUGCAAUCAGGGCAUCGGACGAAAAAAUUGAAAAAUAUGAACACGCCCUGCCUUCCAUAGAUUUUUUGCCAAUAUGUAUCGAGGUCCUUGGACCCAUGGACCCCAAUACUUCAAAAUUUAUUAAAACAUUGUGUAAAAUGAUUGGUGUUCGGUCAGCCUCCUCGAUCAUUGUGUUACGGAUUCGUUUGAAAUCGUCUCGCCUGAUCCUCUUAAUAGAGGUUCAGACGGGAAGUUUCAAUGGGAGUGUCUGCCUGCUGUUGUGCAACUACGUGGAGUGCUGCAACAAUUUGAAAUCAAAAACUAUUUUUAUACCAUCCCAAAUAAGAGUACAUUGUUGGUGGGCCGCACUACCGAAGCCGUCCAAAUCAUUCCCCUCUGGGCACAGCCCUGACGAGAUGACAGACAUAGCUAUCGAACAAUUCUGUAAAACUUGUGCAUCACUGAUGAAACAACGAAAUGACUUGAGCGGAACGAUCUGUACCUACAUGCGAGAUGAGGACUCCUUGAACGACCCAUCUUCAUUACUCAACUGCAAUUCCUAA